CCCGAGCCAAUAUUCCAUUGAACCGUUUGGGCACCGUGACGUGGUGGUGAUUGGUCACGAAAGUACACCUUGGAAACUGAAAGUUAGCGCUAACUACGUUGUGUUUAGGUCACUGGACGCAUGCUAAACCUAUUUACGAGUUUUAGUUUAUGUGGAAUAAGAAGUUUGUUUGGGUGUUUUGACGGGAAUCAAACAGUUUCCUGCUGAUUUGCUGACCCUCAGGGCUGACUGACCAGAACUGAUCCGGAACCGACAUGAAGCUCUACAGCCUCAGCAUCCACUUUAAAGGAGCGACCAAAGCCAGCCUCCUCAAAGCGGCCUAUGACUUGUCCUCCUUUAGCUUCUUUCAGCGCUCCAGUGUUCAGGAAUUCAUGACCUUUACCAGUGCCUUGAUUGUUGAGCGAACAUCUCAAGGAACUCGUGCCUCUGUCAAAGAACAAGAGUACCUGUGCCAUGUGUAUGUGAGAAAUGACAACUUGAGUGCUGUGGUCAUCGCAGACACAGAAUACCCACAGAGAGUCUGUUUCACAUUGCUUGACAAGGUAUUAGAGGAAUUUUCCAGGCAAGUGGACAGUAUAGACUGGCCCUCUGGUAAUACUGAAACCAUAAACUACAAAGCCCUGGAUAUUCACCUUUCAAAAUACCAGAAUCCCAGAGAAGCAGAUGCAAUGACCAAAGUGCAGGCGGAGCUGGAUGAGACAAAAAUCAUUUUGCACAACACCAUGGAAAGUCUGUUGGAAAGAGGAGAGAAACUGGAUGAUCUUGUGGCAAAGUCAGAGCACCUGGGAAACCAGUCCAAAGCCUUCUACAAGACUGCACGGAAACAGAACUCAUGCUGUGAAAUCAUGUGAUGUCGCUGCCUCGUCCUCGUGGACACACCUCUCUCUGCCUUUCUGCUUUUCCUACAACUCCCAUCAUGCACCAGCCGCCAGCUCUCAACAAGGACAGAACAGACGCGGUCUUAUCCAAGACGGGCUGCCAGGAUGAGAGCGAGAAAAGGGUGGCCGGCCGUAGUGUGAGCUCUCUGGAUUGUGACUGAUGGGAGCUGAAGGAGUGAUGGGGUCUGGUCAGGGGAUAAACAGUAACAUUUGAAUUAUUUUUAACCUUUCAAAUGGUAAACAUCUGUGUGGUGUUUCAGUACCAGCUGCAGGCAUACUAGUGUGACGUUGUGUAUUGGUGAUGUGUCGUUGAAACGUCUUCAAACCAUUUAAUGUUAUUCAGAUUGAAUCAAAACUUAAUAGUUUGAUCUCAACUCUUAAUUUUUUGGAAAAGUAUUAACCACAGUUGUGCUUUUGCUUUGAGGCAACUCUGACAAUCUGACAGUCUUAUCUCAUGUGUUGUUACAGCAUGUCACUGUUGCUGUUCAAUUGUUCAAAACUGUUUUUCUUGCAGGCGUAACCUUUUAUGCCCACUAGGGGACCCUGUUUAUUCACUUUAUUGUUCCAUCACACCUCGAAGUUGAGGUCAAUCUAAAACUUUCAUGUGAGUGAUCACGGCAAUGUGAUACCAAAAUCUCACAGCAUAAUUUUUGAACAUCUCUCCUAUACUGCAUUAAGUUACAUAAUUUGUUUGCUGUUUUCUGUCUGAUAGUGUUAAAUGGAAUCUUCAACAUUCCCACUUUGAAUGAUUGUGUUGUUGAGUGAUGAUGCAGAUGCUUAAAGCUGACAAGAAGUGGGAAAUGUAUAAAGAUGUUUCCCAUAGAUGCAGCCUUAUUGCAGUAUGGCUAACUUAUAACCCUCCCCCCUGUCCUGUUUCUUCUCGUUUGCUAGGUGUACCAUAGCCACGCGUUUCUCUCUGACAUCCAGCACACAUGACACUUGAGCAAAUUUUACACAAGUCUGCUCGGGCGUGUGCACUCCAGAGCACGUCUGUACCUCUCAAACCCAGGAUCGCUGACAUUUUGCCAUCUUUUGUUGCGACUGAGGUGAUUCUGGGAAGCUUCAGGUGCUGUUGCACUCCCCGGCCUCUUAUUACGUGCUAGCAUCUUUACUCACAAAAUGGAUCUAACGUUUAAAAGACAGCAGACACGUUGAGGGAUAUCAUUACAAAUCCACUCUUUACCACACUCCACAACUGACUUUGAUUUACUGUGAGCACUGUUGGCUUUUUAUUUAGGUCUGAUUGGGUAGAAAGUUCUUUCUUCAGGAAUUGCUUAAGAUAAAGAGAUGCCUUUGGUUGUGUAUUUUAGAUGUUUCUCUGCUUUUUUUCUCUCUGCUGUAUGUGUGUAUGAUUUGCUGAUAUACAACAUCCAGCUGCAGGCCGCGUUGGUGUCGAGUGCCUGUGUGUAUGACGUGAGGAUCGUGUGUGGAGUCUGAAUUUGCUCUUUCUGCUUUUACUGUGUAAACCUUUGUGCAAUAUCUGCAGACUGUUGGUGUGUGUCUCUCUGUAAACUAGAGAGAAUAAAUGGAAAUAUUUCUCAUAAAGGACAGUAAAUUGACCUUUGUAUAUGCUAUUCUUAUGACUAACUCCCACGUGAAGUUUGACCAGGGUCUCUGAGAUAUGUUGAAUUUGUUCUUUUAAAAAUUCCAAUUAAUGUGUUGAAUUUGAUCAUCUGUCAGAUCUGCGGAGUUAUGCUGUACCUACGAGAUCAGGUCUCACUGACCAGUGUGUUAGACAGUCGACACUUUUAACGUUUUGAUCCAGAUGUGGUCUUCAAAUUUAAAACGAGUACUUAAAUUAAUAAACUUCUUUUCUGUCUGUAUUAACAUUUUGUUUUUCGAACAUUGACUUGUUCAUACACUAUUUGCGGAACGUGUAAUCUUGCUUAGAUAAACAGAAAAAUAGUUC